ACGCCAGGAGCGAGUCACAGGAGGGAAACCUGGAUGGCUUGACAUAAAAGCGGGAGUUUUUUUUGUUGUUGUCCUAGAGUCCCGGUCCAGCCGAGCGCAGCCUCAGGAGAGCAACUUGUGGAGAGACGCAGCAGCUUCCAGCGCGAGACAUCCUGGUUCUUGAGGCAAAAUGAGUUGGAGCUUCCUUACCCGCCUGUUGGAUGAGAUUUCCAACCACUCGACGUUUGUGGGCAAAAUCUGGCUCACACUCCUGGUGGUGUUCCGGAUUGUGCUGACCGCCGUCGGUGGCGAGUCCAUCUACUACGAUGAACAGUCCAAAUUUGUGUGCAACACGAACCAGCCCGGUUGCGAGAACGUUUGCUACGACGCCUUCGCGCCGCUUUCGCACAUCCGCUUCUGGGUGUUUCAGGUGAUCCUGAUCACCACACCCACCAUCAUGUACCUGGGUUUUGCCAUGCACAAGAUCGCCCGCAUGGACGAUGACGACUACAAGCCACGGACCAGGAAGCGCAUGCCCAUCGUCAGCAGGGGCGCCAACAGAGACUACGAGGAGGCGGAGGAUAAUGGGGAGGAGGACCCCAUGAUCCUGGAGGAGAUUGAGCCAGAGAAAGACUCCAAGGAAGUGGUGGAGAAGCCCUGCAAAAAGCACGAUGGCCGCCGGCGUAUCAAGCGUGACGGCCUCAUGAAGGUUUAUGUGUUCCAGCUGCUGUCCCGUGCCAUCUUCGAGGCCUCCUUCCUGUUUGGACAGUAUGUCCUGUAUGGACUGGAGGUGAAGGCCUUUUACAUCUGCUCACGCUCCCCCUGCCCACACACAGUGGAUUGUUUCGUCUCACGUCCCACCGAGAAAACCAUCUUCCUCCUCAUCAUGUAUGGCGUCAGUGCGCUCUGUCUGCUUUUCACCUUGCUGGAGAUCCUUCACCUGGGCUUCAGUGGGAUCCGCGAUUGCUUCUGCGCCCCUCGGCCUAACCGAGCCACUCCUCGCCACUCUGCUCUUGCCAGCCAAAGAUCUUCCAUCAGCCGCCAGCCAUCCGCCCCCCCGGGCUACCACACGGCUCUGAAGAAGGUCCCGCCAAGUAAACUGGGCUUCAGAGAUAACCUGGGCGACUCCGGUCGCGAGUCUUUUGGAGACGAGUCUUCUUCAAGGGAGUUGGAGCGACUGAGGAGACACCUGAAAUUGGCCCAGCAGCAUCUGGAUAUGGCGUAUCAGAGUGAGGAGGGCAGUCCAACAAGAAGCAGCAGCCCGGAGUCGAAUGGCACAGCUGUGGAGCAGAACAGGCUCAACUUCGCUCAGGAGAAGCAGAGUGGCACGUGUGAGAAAGGUCUGCGUGCAUGAGUUGCCAUAACCCCCGCGAACACUGGUUAUAGAUUUGGACUUGCAGGAGGACAUAAGGGAAUCAAACCGGGGGUGUAACUGUGUGUGUGUGUCAUGGCAGACUCACUUGAGGUGAAUGAAGUCACCCCAAGCCUCUGAAGUGUUGCAGGGUAGUCGUGGCCUACCAGAAGAUCCAAAGUGCUUCCAACCCACUGCUCAGUUGAGCGUCACGUGAACUUCUCCCUCAGGGCAGCUAUACUAUUUUAUGUAAGUCUUAGAACUAAGAUAUUUUUAAGGCUCUUUUCAUUCAUCUCAAUUUCUACACAACUGGAACUUUAAGAGAAGGCCAAGCCGGUUCUGCAAGAAAAAAAAUAAAGUGAGUCAGUGAGAUGUUGUAGAUGCAGUGUGACGGACAAGGCGCCACUCACGAGGAAAUGGUACUAGAGUGAUUGUUAGGCUGAAGACUUUUGAUAUUGUUUGUCCAAACUUUUCUUUUUUGUUUUUGCCUCCAAGCGUGUUUUUUCCAAGCGAUGUUGGCAUCGCACCAGUCAGCAAUCCCAAGUCUGGUGCCAGCUCUGGGAACUGGAACAUGGUUGGGAUACCUUUGUCCAAAGGAUCAAACAAACCUGGGUAAUGCUUGAAUAACAUGUAUUUCUUGAUAUUGUGUUGUAUUUGAUACUGUAUUUUGUAACUUGGGAGGAUUGUGACGUUGAAAAGAAGCUGUCCCUUUGUCAGCAUUUGUUUCCUGUAAUUUUUUUUUUUUAACUUUUGUCUAUCGUUUUGACAUUCACUGCUGUCUUAGCUUUCAAAAGCCUGAAUCCCGCCUGUGGGUGGUGUGUUCUGAAAAAAAAAAGCCUUCUAAAGAUCAAGUGGAACUAUUGACUGUAAAGUCGACUUAACUGUGUUGCUGAAGUUUGUCGUGUUAGGCGUCAUGCUGUGUGCAUAUCUAACGUGUCGAUUCUGAGUUGGUUGUGAUGGUUGUAAACAUUUCCAUGUGAAUUCACUAUGCCUUGAACACGCUCCACCACGACAGCGUUUUGAAUCAUACCCACAGUGCCAUUAAUGCCACCUCAGAUACUGUCAUCUCAAGUUAUUUUUGAACGAUGCUUUUUGUACUUUUAUACUUUUUCUAUGGAUAGAACUUUUGUGUGUA